CCCGCGCUGGCGCUGCACUGCAGAGGCUCAGCCUGGGCCGCCGGCCGGGUCGCGGUGUCCAGCGCAGAACAAGGGGCUGCUUCCCGCCAGUGGUGGCCGGCUUCGGAAAAGAGGGGACAGGACUCUUCAGACCGCACCCACGCUUCCAGUUCAAACCGGAGGAAGAAAGCAACAACAUCCACUAGAAGACCCUGGACCUUGGGAAGUGUAUUGGAAGAAGUGCCUGAAGAAAUGGCUGCUAGAAGAAAACACUGGAAGGAGAAUAUGUUUACUCCCUUUUUUAGUGCACAGGAUGUUCUAGAAUUGGCUUCUCAGCCUGAAUCUUCUGAACAAACAACUGUCAAUAAGACCAAGAGAAUAGAAGGAAUUUAUAAUUUGUCCAGUAGAAAGUUUCAAGAAGAAAAUAAAUUUAAGAGGAAACAAUAUACUUCCCAACUAAAUGAAAAAGAACAAGGACCAAAUUUAAGAGAGAGAAAGAUAAACAUUUCAAAGAAUGAAACAGACACAAAUUCUGCCUCUUGUGAAUCAUCUAAUGUGGGUGUUGCAACAGAAGAAAGCUUUAGCAGCACAGAAGAUUACUCUACCCAGAGUACAAAGAAGUUACUACCACGACAAGACAAGAGGAAGAAAUUUACCGAAGGAAUGUCUCCAAAACUUCGCCUGAAUCUUUUGAAUGAAGAACUGGAAGAACUUAAUAUGAAGUGCAGAAAAAUAGAAGAGGAUUUUGAAAAUGCUGAAAAAGAACUUUUGAACUCCAAAAAAGAAGUAUCCACAAAAAACCUAAAUGUUCAAGAACCAGGGAUAGAUACUUCUAAGAAUGACUGGAAACUUCAAGCUUUAAGAAAUGACCUAUCUAAGAAAGCAACAAAUGUAAAAAACUUAAGUGAAGAGCUCCAGCAAGCCAAAGAAGUCAUCCACAAGUUGAAUCUAGAAAACAGAGAUUUGAAAGAAGCUGUUAGGAAGUUAAAGCAUCAAACUGAGGUUGGAAAUACACUUCUAAAAGAAGAAAUGAAAUUGUAUUAUGAAUUUGAAAUGGAAAAGAUCCGCAGAGAGCUCGAUGCCAUCAAGAAUGAACUGAGAGCUGAAAAGACCCUGCAAGCAAAAAAUAACAGAGCCCUGGAAUUGCUUAGAAAACACUUUACUUCAGCGGUAACAUCUUCAAGUACCCUUGACGGCUUUGCUGGUGAUUUUUUUUAAAACUCAAAAAAAUAAAAAACAAAAAAACCUUUCCUCAGGCAAGUUAUUGAGCCAAAUCAGUGCUGAUUGUACUUUUUUUGUGCGCCACUUAAAAUGAAUGUAAUAGGAUAUAAUUUUCUUUCUUGGUGAAUCAGAAUAUCCAUAAAAUAUAUAGAUUUAACCUCAAGCCUUCUGCUUUCUCUUUUUAAUGAAGUUAUUGCAGGAGUCCAAAUGGAAAUGAAGCUUUGGAAAUCUCUUUUAUAUAUAUAUAUUUAUAUUUAUAUAUACACAUAUAUAUAUAUUUCACUCAAAAACACAGUGGUUCACCAAAUCAUUUAUGAAUACAAAUCAACAGCCAUUUUGUGAUCCUGUGAGUAAUAUUUCCUUGGCACAUGAAUAUUCUUUCCUCUCUGUUCAUUGAUGUUAACAAU